CCUGCAACAGCCACCCUAUUAAAUAAUCUCAUAAUUCCCCCAUAAAACAACCAUCGAAACUUCUCCUUCUUCAGUAUUCACCCAGACACACAUACACAUUCCUUAACCUCUCAAAUCUAAAUGGCUGCUGUUCCAGUGACUUGUGUUAGAUUGACGACUUUCAUGAACACCAAUCAGAUGGUAGGGAAAUUCUCGACACCGAAGUUAGUCCAUGUGGGUCAGGCAACAACCGAUUUCCCUUGCCUCAGAACAUCCCGCUUUCAGACCUCUUGCUUAAAAGACACAUCAAUAAACGAUGCAACAGACGCUAUUGGGAAACGUGCUGAAGAGAUAGGUGCAAACACAAGUGACGUUAUUGAGAAACUUGUUGAGAAGAAAGAUACUUUGACAGCUACAGCAAAUGAUGAUAUUAAGAAAAUUGUUGAGAAUACAAAUACAACCGCAAGUGAUCUUGUUGAGAAACUUGUUGAGAAGAAAGAAGAAGUAGAAACUGCAACAAAUGAUGCAAUUAAGAAUCUUGUUGAGAAGGCAAAUAAGGUGGCAACUGACCUUACUGAAUAGUGAAUCAUGUACCGAUUAAACAAAUUUUAGAAAAUGUUGUUAUUUUGGGAAUUA